CCCUGCCCCUCUCCCUGAUGAGGUUUCCAGAUACGCAGCCGAAUCCAGCUCGAUCGACUGGGCCACUCCAAGGAACUUCAAAUGGCAAUCGACGAAUCCUACGCCAGAGCAGCAGCAUCAUCAUCAUCAUCAUCAUCACCAGGACGAGCAGCUUCUCCUCCGCCAUGUAGAUCUGCCAGACGGCUCUCUUCCCCUUCUUGCUCCGGACCCUCUCCGGUGUACCAUGACGUCUCGGCGGCUGUGGGCGUCGGUGUGCCUCCUCCUCCUCCUCGCCUCGUCCUGCCGCCUCACCGAGGCUGCCAGACACGGUUGCUUGUUCGAGAAAAAUCUGUGUCCCAGAGAUCAUCUUUGCAACGACGAUGGUUUGUUUGGACAGUGCCGGGCUCCUCACCAGGAUCCAGUCCAGUAUCUGGUGUCUGUACCUACUUUGCAUAAGCUGCAGGAAGUCCUCAAAGACCUGAUGGUGCAAGGUAUGACCUGGAAGGACGAUGUCACCCAGGCGACGAUUGGCCGAGAGUUGAGUUACAUUCCCACCGUUGGCUCGUGGCAGCUUCAUGAGCGCAAACAGUUGCUCAGUCAGCGAAGACGUCGGAGAGCUGAGGAGUCAGGUGACCCGGAAAUGAUACAGCAGUUCCUCCAGUACCUAACCUUUGACCCCUCUCAAUCCUCCAUGCACGUGCAGACCCCCCUUCUGGAACCUUACGUCUACCACCAGCAGAAGUUUGGCGAUGAAGACGAGACUGAACGAUCCCUCAACUCCUUAGAAGAGAAUCCAAUCUCUCCAUUUCACCGCGUCCUUCCCCGCCCCAGAUCCCAAGGAAAAGCUCUGGACAGAGACAGACAGCUUCUCCAGGACCUGGUGUCCUAUUACCUCACCUCUCCGUCGUCUUCCUCCUCCCACGUCCGGGCCGUCUCCCACCAGAGGGGAGCGCCGGGAACAUCUUUAGCGUUGGCCUCGUCCCUCCCGGAGCUUGACUUGCCGCUAGACUAUGACCAGGACUACCAGUCACAAGUUAAACAUCUUAGCAAGGAGCAGCAGCAGCAGCGCAGCAAGUUGAUGCUGAAGUACGAUGCCAGCGCAGGAUUGGAUGCCCGGUCUCUACAACGUUUGGCUCUGCUGCUGGACCACUAUGGCCUGGAUGUGAAAGAUCUGUCCCCCGAGCAGAUGGGAAAGCUGCCAGAUGUGCUUAAACAGCUGCAGCUGGAGAGAUCCUUCAGCCAUAAAUCCAUUAAAGAUAACUAUGGAAACAAUGCUGCCACAGGGAAAAAGUUCACAGAAGGUUCCAUGGAGCACAAGAUGGCUACCCCAAACGGUGUACCCAACAUUAGGUCCUCCAAACCAGUAAAAGUGCAAAAGGAGACCAACUCCACUACGAUGAACAACGUGGAGAACAACACACCAAAAGAUGUGCUGGGACCGGCCACGGCCUAUGCGACCCACUCAAACUCCAGGAACUUGCCAGCCGCAGACCUGGCAGAAAAACAGAAUGCAGAGAAGAACUUCCUGGAGCCCGAGGCAGGCCUGAAGUUUGUGCAGAGCAGCGACAGGCAGCCUCUGAGGAGUGAAGGUCAGGCGUCCCUCCUGGCUACUCCUGUCCAACCCGGCUCUCGCUGGCUUUUUGCUACCCUGGUAGCUUCCGCCUGCAUUGGCGGCGUCCUGCUUGCAGCCCUGAGCAUCACUUGCUUGCGUAGCCACGCCCACAGGCUGGCCACAAGGAAGCUGGGCCUGGGCACGGAGGCAGGCAGCUUCAACCACCAGGAGUACCAGGACCUGUGUCGCCAGCAUAUGGCCUCCAAAGGUGCUUUUGGGCGCCUGGAAGCUGCCGCCCUGGGUGCUGUGGGAGGGGCGAGCGGAGGAGGAGCAUCCGGCGGCGCAGGGCGAGGCGCAGGAGCGGUGGGGGGCAUCGACUCAAGAGUGAGUAGCGUGUCUUCCCAGUUCAGCGACGGAGCUCAGCCCAGUCCGAGCUCCCACAGCAGCACGCCGUCAUGGUGCGAGGAACCGGCGCAGGCCAACAUGGACAUCUCCACCGGUCACAUGAUUUUGGCCUACAUGGAGGACCACCUGAGGAACAAAGAUCGUCUCUUCAAGGAAUGGGAAGCUCUGUGUUCCUACCAGGCGGAGCCCAGCAGCGUGACCGUGGCUCAGACUGACCCCAACGUCAAGAAGAACCGCUUUCAAGACUCGCUGCCCUAUGAUCAUGCCAGGGUGAAGCUCAAAGCGGAAAUCAACCCUUCUCGGUCUGACUACAUCAACGCCAGCACUAUAAUCGAGCACGACCCUCGCAUGCCGGCCUACAUCGCCACCCAGGGCCCCCUGUCACAUACCAUCUCUGACUUCUGGCAGAUGGUGUGGGAGAGCGGCUGCACGGUCAUCGUCAUGAUGACGGCUCUGGUGGAGGAAGGAGAAAAACAAUGCGACCGCUACUGGCCCGACGAAGGCUCCUCCCUCUACCACAUCUACGAGGUGAACCUGGUGUCCGAGCACAUCUGGUGCAAGGACUUCCUGGUGAGAAGCUUUUACCUGAAGAACGUUCAGACGCAAGAGACACGGACCCUCACUCAGUUCCACUUCCUGAGCUGGCCGGCUCACGGCAUACCCACGUCCACGCGCCCCCUACUGGACUUCCGCAGGAAGGUGAACAAGUGCUACCGAGGACGCUCCUGCCCCAUCAUCGUCCACUGCAGUAACGGAACAGGCCGGACCGGGACGUACGUCCUGAUUGACAUGGUUCUGAAUCGUAUGGCCAAAGGUGUGAAAGAAAUCGACAUCGCUGCCACGCUGGAGCACGUUCGUGACCAGAGGCCUGGAAUGGUUCGCACCAAGGACCAGUUUGAAUUUGCCCUGACUGCUGUUGCCGAGGAGGUCAACGCCAUUAUUAAAGCUCUGCCUCAGUGAAGCUGGACCACCCUCAUGCCUGAUGACCUCUGGACUGCCUUUUGCCUUGAAAAUGAACAGUGAUGUCAUAACAACGAAACAUUUAAGAUUUGGAAAGGAUUUGCACAGACGUCUAUUACUGAUGUAAUUGUUUUAUGGGAUAACCGCUGCUGUAACUAUCUUGUUACAUACAUGCAUUUUCAUCGUAGAAUGCCCAAUUAGUUACGUCCCUAACUUUCCCCUAACUUUCAUCUGGUAGCACAUAAAUGAAAAAUGAAGUUUCACUUGUACCUGUGCAAAUCCAUUCUGAAGAUACUGCGGCGGUUUCCUUUUGGGAACUUUCAGCAGAUACAUUUCAGCUUGUGCUCGUGUGGUUUGUCGUUAAUUGUGCUGGUAAAUACAUGUGUUUUUGUCUCAGGAAGUGUAUGUUUGAGUCAAAGCUUGAAAAAUGACUUCUACUUCAUCCUAUACAGUAAAGUUAAGAUAAGAUGGUGGUGAUCUCCUGCUGGCGGUUAACUUCCCUCACAUGACUAACAUCUGCAAAAAAAUAAAAAUGUCCUAUGUGUGCCAUUAAGAUGAUUUUAUGUCACUGGUAUUGUCAUGUAUCUUACGCAACUUCUAAAAUGAAAAAAAAAAAAAUUAAGAAAUAUUCAAUGAGAAACAACUAUUUUGUAACUGUGAAAUUAUAAAUAAAUAUUUUCGUGUUUCAGUA